GCUCGUGGUAAUUUGAUGUUUGUCCCCGGGGAUGUUUGAUGGAUUAAUGUUAAGCAGCCUCCUCCUCCACAGCACCACCUGAUUCUAAAGGGGCUCCAGCCCCGUCUAUAUAAGAGGACAGAGUGCUGAGCUCAGCUAGUCUGAAGCCCGUUUCCAUCACUCUGCCUCUCUCGCUCUCUCUCUCUUUCUCUGCCACUUUCUUUAUUUCUUUCUGCUGGCUGCCUCUCCAUCUUGCCUGUCCUCUCCUUCUUUUGUGUUCACUCUCUUUUUCACUCUCUCCUUCUUUCUGACUCUGUUGUUCCUUUGCCUCAUUGACAGAGGAGAUUGGUAAAAGAAGAAAAAAACAUUGUUUAUAACCUCGGCAUCCAUUUUUUGGUUGCACGUUUUUUCUGGGUGAAAGUGCUGGCCUUUUUGAAACAACCAGUAAAGCGUGCAAGUCAGGUUUUUGUUUUCCUAUUUUUGUCCCAUGCAGCGUCGGUCCUAACCGGUCAUCAGCCAUGCCGCGCUCUUUCUUGGUGAAACAGUUGAAAGUCCACGAUGCCUCCUUUUCAAACUACUACGCUCAGGAGUCGGAGGGAUCUUACACGGUGACAUACGCCAUCCGGGAGUCCGCUGCCAACUUGGCGGUCCGUUUGAGUGAAAAUGGCUACAUCCAUGACUACAUCAUCCCGUCGGUGUGCCCGGGCCCCAAGGAGGGUACCUCCAGGCAGAGGUCGGCCGGCCUGGCCUCUGGGCCGCCCUACUCCCCUGGGGGGGGGGGGGUCGUCGGAGGGGGCAGCGGCGGGGAGGACUUCUCGGACCACGACAUGGAGGACCCCGACAGCCCCGUCUCCAGCGCCACCCCGGACUCCGACGGCGGCGGCAGCAGCAGCCUCUCGUUGGACGCCGAGGCGGCUGGUUGCCUAGGUGACGGCCUCCUGGUCUCUGACGGGCGCUCCCGCCGCCGCCAGGUCAAGCAGCGCUGUCUUCGCAAGGGAGGCCGCCCGUUGGACGAGGACGCCGAGGAGGAGGAGGAGGAGGAGGAGGCGGAGCCCCGCCCCGCCGGCCAUGCCCACGUUAAGUGCGGCCGGUCCAAGGGUCGGCACGCGUGCGGCGAGUGCGGCAAGUCCUACGCCACCUCGUCCAACCUGAGCCGCCACAAGCAGACGCACCGCAGCCUGGACGGCCAGCAGGCCCGGCAGUGCCCCACCUGCCACAAGGCCUACGUCUCCAUGCCCGCGCUGGCCAUGCACAUGCUGACCCACGACCUGCGCCACGAGUGCGGCGUGUGCGGCAAGGCCUUCAGCCGGCCCUGGCUGCUGCAGGGCCACAUGCGCUCGCACACCGGCGAGAAGCCCUUCGCGUGCGCCCACUGUGGGAAGGCCUUCGCCGACCGCUCCAACCUGCGCGCCCACAUGCAGACGCACUCCGCCUUCAAGCACUAUGCCUGCAAGCGCUGCCACAAGAGCUUUGCGCUCAAGUCCUACCUGAACAAGCACUACGAGUCGGCCUGCUACAAGAGCGACGGCACGCCGGAGGAGUGCAGCUCCGAGGACUGACGUCAGAGCGCGCCCGCUUCACCCUUUCUGUAAAACUUUUUUUUUUAAAGAGCGAAAUGACCUGAGCGAGGCGGCGAGGCCGGGAGAGGCCCUCAGACCCGCCGGUCGCUUGUUGCGCUUAUCGAUGCCCACAUGCAUGCUUUUUUCUAACUCUUCCUGCCUUCUGAGAGCAGCAAUAAUCUCGACAUGAUGGUAUUGUUUCGAAUUCAAAUAGGUAAUAAAAUGUGAGUGUGAAUUCAUUACGAAGUAUUGAACACACACAUGAAUAUUUUUAUAUUGUUUGUAUUAAUUCAAUUGCAAUAAUUUGCAUUUCAGUAUUAUUUUGUAUUCCACCUAGCUCUUAAAUUAUUUCAGACACUUCCUAAUUUAUGCCUAAUUAAUUUUGUAUUUAUUAAGUUAUUUAAGUAUUCAUUGACGAAUUUAGAUGUUUAUUUAUUGUUUAUGCAUUUCUGAAUUUCACAUGUAUUUAUAAGAAACAUAAUUAGAUUUUUUUUUGUUAAGAACAGAAGGGAAAAGCUAAUAUAUUUCUGAAACAGAGUAUUCCUUCAAUUUGGUGAUGAUUAUGAUAAAGAACAUUUAAAUAAUUACCGAAAAGUGUUUUUUGCCCUAUGAAUCUAUGCACAAGAUGAAAUAUUGUUUUAUUGAAGCAGCUAGCUCUGAACUACCGUUCGAGUUAAAAGACAAUUUAUACUUGAUUUAGAACUUAUUCAAAUUGUAAUUCUUCAUAUUUAUUAAACAAGAUUGUUUUCUU